AUGUUCCGCCACGCUGCAGGGACGACCUCGGCCUACACUGCACCGGGCGGUCAGCUGCGCCAGGCCGCUGGGAGCAGCUCUCCUGACCCUCCAUCUGGCGGUUUGUUCCGCCAGCCUGCGGGUCUGACCUCCGGCGAUCCUGCACCUGGUGGUUCGUUGGGGCAAACCGCAUUGAACAGCUCUCCUGAUCCUGCACCAGGCGGUCCGUUUAGCCAGGCCGCUGGGAGGAGCUCUCCUGACCCUGCAUCAGGUUGUCGGUCGGGGCACGAGGAUGGGAGGAGAUCCGCUGACCCUUCAGCUGGCGGCCAACUAGGACAAGUGGCUGGGUGGAGCUCUGCCAACACUCCUACUGGCGCUCAUUUGGUCCAGACCGCUGGAAGACCUACAGCCGACCAUGCUCCUGACGAGAUGCGCACGAUAGCUGCUGGGCACACCUCCACUGAGACCCAUGAUGGCAGCAUGUUCCUGCCGUCAUGCGAACCGGUUCCGGACGCCCCUUUCUGCCCGUCUGCUGGCAUGACCUCUGCCGACCCUGCUGUUGAUGGCGUGUUAGGCCAGGCUGCUUGGAGGACCGACGCCAAUCCUGCUGCUGGCGUGCUGCUAAGGCCAACCGCGAGGCGCAUCCCCGACGACACCAACACUAACGGCGUGUUCUCCCCGCCUGGAGGCGCCGAGCUUGGCGGCCACUUUGGCGAGGCCAAUGGGAGGACCUGGACCAACUCUGGAGCAGACGAGCCGCUCAUCCCGAACGCUGGUGGAACCGAGGCCGGUGAUGCUGUGGGCGGUCAGACAGGAGAUGCGUAUGGGCGGGCCACUACACACGCUGCUGAUCAUGAACUGCACGGGCAUGUGGCAGAACCGACCUCUGAUGUUGAAGAGGCGCGUGCCGCACAUCGUGCUCUCCAGCGUGAGAACCAGCGGCUGUUGAAUGAGCUUGAAGAGCUUAGGCGUUCGCUUUCUCGGUCAACGUCACCUGCUGAGACCUCUGGUGGUGCGGGCGAGCAGCAGGAACCGUCUCCAAACUCUGGGAAUGUCGCAGCUAAUGUGCAGCCAGGAAGGCAUCCCAUCGUACCGAUCAACGAUCGGCUGCUUGGGAGGGCCGUUGGGAACGCUCAUGCCCGGGGAACCGAGCAUGGCCUGCAACACUUGACCCCGGAGCAGGAGGUCCUCGCAUUCGACCUUGCUGCAGCGAUGAGGCGAGUCCCCGAGGUGGCAAUGUUGGAUGCACUCACCGUUCUUUUCUGGGAUAUGCCGGAUGGUAGGAUGGACUUCUGGCCAUCUCGGAAGGUGCUGCUGGGAGCGCUUGCUGCUGCUUUGAAGUACAAGACGGUUGGUCAGCGGACCGACCUGCUUCAUGUCAUAGUGCUCACAGGCGAUUCAAGGGAGGGUGCUGAAGACUCUGUUCUCAUCCCACCUUGUCUCAACUCCCACUUCCCUCCUCUCUCCCAUGUGCCUUCCCCAAAUCCUUUCGAUGGGUCUUACGAUCUGUACACGUGGCAUUGCAACCAGAACGGGGUCCCUUUCUCCAACGCUGUCUUCACGCGCUUGAUUGCGGCGUCUUUCCGCCGCGAUGGGGAGGAUGUCCUUGUGCUGAAGCUCAAACAGAUUGCUUUUUGGCUGUAUGGGGUGAGUGAGAGUAACGUCCUUUUCUGA